AUGCCCAAGAGGCUAAAGGCGGCAGUUCACUACACCGUGGGCUGCCUGUGCCAGGAUGUGGCGGAGGAGCAGGAGCUGCAGUUCAGCAAGCAAACCAUUGCGGCCAUUUCGGAGAUCACCUUCAGGCAGUGCGAAAACUUUGCAAAAGAUCUUGAAAUGUUUGCAAGGCAUGCGAAACGAAGCACAGUCACUUUAGAAGAUGUGAAACUUUUGGCUAGAAGGAGCAGAUCUCUGCUAAAAUAUAUCACACAGAGGAGUGAAGAAAUUGUAUCAAGUAACAUGGAGCAAAAGGAAAGGAAGAAAAAGAAAUCCAGUACAGCAAAGACAGCAGAACAAGAAGCAGCUGUGGUUGAAAGUGAAGAUUCCAACAUGGCCUGA